GGCACGCCAGGGACCAGGUGUCCUGUGCACCUGUGUUUCAACAUUCCGACCCCCGGCCUUUGCACUUCUUUCCUAUGACCCCCUCCCACCGGAAGGCCACAGAGAGAGGAGGCGGGAGGCCCAGCGGGCUGCAGGCCCAGUCCAGGCCCCCAACCUGCCUGUUGGGUUUCCAAAACUGGGCUAGCAAGGAAAAACCCGCCCAUAUGAGAGUGGGGUGUCCCCUCCCUCCCCUGUGAACCAGGUCUCCUGGAUUUGGGCUGAGGCAACCAGGGCCUAUGCACCCCUAGGAGCGGACUCAGGAGUGACUCACUGCUGAUUCUGUGAGUAGUCCUACAAGGACGGAGCAAAACAAUGAGAUGGGAGGUCACUAAGCCUGGCGACAAAGUGGGCUAGAGUCAGCUGGCCUGAGCCCACGGCGGGUGGCGGGGGCAAGUCCUGGGCCACAGAGGGUCUGUCAGCUAGCCCCCUUUCCCUGGGACUGCCCCUCUCCCGCCCUCUCCUCUGCAGCGGGGGCUCUGGCCUCCUGGGCUUGCCCCCCAGAGGCCCCCCCCACCCCGAGAACCUCAUCCUCACCCACCUGGGGUUCCCUGCAGCCCAUAGAUGUGCCAGCUGAGGGCUCUGUGGUUGUGUGAACCCGAUGGUGGUUCACACAAAGAGAUUCAUUCUAGAAGUCAAGGAAGCAGCUAGGUGCGGUCAUGCCGGCGGACUGCUUACAAAGUGUCUCCAGCUAGAAAUUGCCUAUGAAGCGAGUUUCUGAGAAGGCAGCACGGGGUUCUGGCUGGCUUGCUUUUGGGCCCCCUUCCUAAGGAGCAGCUUCUCAAGCAUUGGUUCGUGUUGUUUUGAUGACCCUGGAGUUGUUACCAGACCACAGUACCUGCCUUGGGGUUGGUUUUAUCAAAAAACAAACAGGGCCCCGGCCUCCUGCUCACCUGGGAACCAGCCUGGAGAGGGAGCAGUAACUCAGGUCUUUAACCCUUGAGACGUCCACCCCCAUGCCCGGGACUCCACGGUUCUGCCCGCACGUCCAGAGCAAGUGAGCACACAGGCACUGAGCCCAGCUCUUUUGCGGUGGCAGCCUCCGUGCCAGGUUCCCAGAGCCGGUUCCAGCAUGGUGAGCGCCGGGCUUCUCAGAUACCAGGGGGUGCCCAGAAUUCAGCCCAGUCAUGACACAGUCCACCCAGGGACAGCAGCAGCCCCACAGCUCUUUGCUCUGCACGAGGCCCUUCCAGAAAGCAGUGAGGAGAGGACAGGGAGGAUCACAGAGAAGUCCCUGUGACCCGCUGGUCCUCUUGUGCAGCCUCCUGAUGGACCCAAGGCCCUGGAAACAGCGAGCAAGCCCGUCAUCUAGGACCCUGACGUCGUGCAGAUCCCGGGGCACGUCUGAAAAUGCCUGUAACUUUGAAGUCCGGACAAGUGUCAUUGUCAAGGUCAUGGGCACUGCUGAUGAGCUUGGUGUGGUCACACGCACAUGUGAAGGAAACACCAAAUUUCCAGGAGAAAACACCCAAAAUAAACAGGCAGGAGCUGCUGGAGGCCUGUGCCCACGGGGUCACUCGGGUGCAGCCAGACCCGACAGCCCGCGCCGGCAGCCAGACUUGGCUGUGCAUGUGCUCAGUGGCGCAGUGCAGAACCUGCCUUCCUGCGGUCACCGUCCCCCAGUGUUUGGAAGCCCUGUCUCUGGAGGUCGCUGGGACUCGAGGAGCCUGUCUUCAGCUGCCUUCGCCCUGCUGGUCGCUCUGCCGGGAAUGCCCUCAGCUCUGUCUCCACCAGGCCAGGAUCCCUGGAGGCAGGGUCCCUGCAGCACGCCCCCAAUUCCUCUGCCUCUACGCAGGUGCCGGACUCAGUGCCCUGCCUCUGUCCCCGUGAAUGCAGCUGCCACCACCUGCUUCUGCUUCCACCCCACACAGGGCACCCUUCAGCCGGACCCCUGGCCUCUUCUCUUAACCCCUUGUCCCCUGCCAGCCGGGAAAGCUUCGGUCACACCCCGGGCCCAAGGACCACACAUGGAGCCGCCGUUCUCGCAGAAGCAUUAUUUAUUGCCAGAUUCCAGCUGA